UUAGACAAUCUCUUAGACAUUUCCGUUAACUUGACUGGGUCUCCUUGGGUUUAAUAGAAUUGUCUGACUUUACGGAACUACUCCACCUAAAACGCCCAGUUUACAUCCAAAUCUCAAUAUGAAUGAAAUCAAACCCACGAAUACGACAGCGACGGACGCCGGAGAUGACAAGGACUGGGCAGCAGCAAAAUUAGUUUUUGACAAUUUAAAAUCCAAGAAACCUAGACCGCCCAAACCCCAGUAUGCGGUUACCAUCGCGGUCUCCUCUCGCACCCUAUUCAACAUGGAUGCGGAGCGGAAGAUCUAUGAGGAAGAGGGGCUCGAAAAGUAUGUGGCCUAUCAACAGGAGCAUGAGACUGAGCCUUUUAAGCAAGGGGUAGCGUUUCCUCUAGUGAAGGCUCUGAUGACAGUGAACUCCAGACUGAGAAAGCUCUACCCAGACAGUGAGGAGCUGUUUGACAUUGUCCUGAUGACUAAUAACCACGCCCAAGUCGGUGUGCGUCUCAUCUACAGUAUUAACCACUACGAUUUGACCAUUGAGCGAUUCUGUAUGACCGGAGGACAGAGCCCCAUUGGCUAUUUAAAGGCCUACUUGACCAACCUGUACCUCUCCAAGGAUGGAGACAAGGUCACAGAGGCCAUUGAGGAGGGCAUUGCAGCAGCGACCAUGUUUACGUCCGGGAAUGUGGAGAACCAGCUGUCGGACACACAGCUGAAAGUGGCCUUUGACGGAGACGCAGUCCUCUUCUCUGACGAGUCAGAGAUCAUUGUUAAAAAACAUGGCCUGGACACCUUCUUUGAGCAUGAGAAGGAGUUUGAGAACAAACCUCUAGCACAGGGUCCCUUGAAGUGUUUCCUAGAGGCACUGGGAAAGCUCCAGAGAAAGUUUUACGCCAAGAAUGAGCGCAUGACCUGUCCAAUCCGUACAUACCUAGUAACAGCCCGCAGUGCAGCCAGCUCAGGGGCUCGCGUCCUCAAGACCCUCAGAAGCUGGGGCCUGGAGAUUGACGAGGCCCUUUUCCUGGCAGGGGCCCCUAAAGGACCCAUCCUUGAGAAGAUCCGCCCUCACAUCUUCUUUGAUGACCAGAUGUUCCACAUCGAGGGGGCCAAAGAGCUGGGGACCAUUGCUGCACACGUGCCUUAUGGGGUUGGACAGAAGUACCACAAAGGGAAACUUACUGAGCAGCAAGCCAAAGACGCUAAGUAAAAAGACCCAAAGGUGGGAAAGGAUCAAUACGUUGUGCAUUUCCUUAGUUUUCCACAACCCUGACAUCAGUUGUAGAAUUCAUUGUGUUUCAAUGGCGAACUUUGAAUUUUUGCCGGACCGCGUAAGCAGAGCCAGCCUAGAAGAGCUAAUGUCUCUUACUGAGUGAGUGAAUGAGUCUGUCUGUCCGUCCCUGACUGACCCCCCUUGUUAAAUAGCAUAGUGGUUAGAGAAACGGGCUACGGAACAACAGGUUCUGCGUCCGAUUCCCGUAUCUUUCUAAACACGUUAUGCCUGAGUUAUCAUCACCAAUAUUGAUAUAUACUCAAUGUCAUUCACGAAUGGCUAAUUAGCUAUUAAAACGGCCAGUGGCAAAAGAGGAUUUGUUCAGAAUAGACAAAAACUUUGCUGGCUACCACCUUCUGUUGAAACGAGGCUUCAUUUGCAUUAUUUGAGCAGCAGGAUAUUAUGCUGGCAGCACUCAGAUUUUCAUUAUCACAAUAAAAGCAAUAAUUGAAAUGUAUAACGCCAUAUUGUUAACAUUCUAGCAUGUAAACAAGAAACCAGUCCAGCCUAGUUCAGCCGGCCCGCAAUAGGAUGUUGAUAGUGGCUGCCCUUUCGAGAAUCGAAAGACAGUGUCACUAACCACUACGCCACCAAGCUGCACAUUUUCGGCAAGUUUGAAUAUUAACUAUUGUGUUAAACUGAGUAACAUUUCCUACUAAGUUUACCGCCAUACAAUAACUACUGUAUCAAUAUAGGUGAGGAUAACAUACUUUUUCGUCUAGUGAAAAGACGAGAGAAUCUUGUAGCCAGCGAAGUGUUUGUCUAUCCUGAACAAAUCCUGAGCCAAUUGCAUCAGAUAAUGCCGAUGUUGUACUGUAGUUAACUUCCUGUAUGUAACAAACCUCACUUUGCUGUAUAGAUCAACCAAAACGACAGCUUGAUUUACAUAUUUUGAUAUAUUUAUUACUUUAAAAUUACAAAUCACUGGUGUUACCUAUAUUUGAGAUUAUAUAGGUAUUCUGAAAUGUAAUUGGACUAUAGACUUUGCAUAUAAUCAGACCAAAAAAGGUUUUGUGAUCAAAUUAAGAAAGUGUUUUUAAUUAGGAAUGAAGGCACCACUAGGAAAAAAACUGCUAAGUUACCACAAUUUCUUUAGACACCAUUGGAAUUAAAAUGUGUACAUCACUGCAAACUACACUGGAAGGUGCUUCCAACAUCAUUAUACUUUAUAACUCAAGAUCCCAUUGCGUGCAUAUCCCAAUUCAUUAAAACAGAUCAAGUUUAAAUAGUUAGAAAAAACUUGUAAAUGUUGUCUUUUAUUAACAGAUAUCCAAAAAUGUUUACAGGUUUUUCCUGGUGUUUGGGCAGGAAAGCCCUUCAUUUUUGUACAAUGGCCUUAUAUCAAUACCUCCCGCAGCUUGUUAAGCUUACCUGUUCCAAACAUUAAAUGUAAUAUAUGUAAUAUUUUCUGUCUCACACAGGUUGCAGUUGAAUAUACAUUAUAUUAAAACUACAGUCUACGUAUAUUGCAUUUUGCACUUGAACCCUUUACCUCUUUUUUUAUAUCUGAAACAUAUUUCAGGAAUUGUGCAGUUAUUUUAACUACAGUUUCCUUUCUUUUUUAUGUAUAUAAAUUUUUUAAAUUGUAAUUGUUAAUUAAAGGUUAAGGGUUUAUCAUGCGCAUGUUGCUGCUUAAGGUUGCAGUGAGGUUGAAUAAAAGUAUUUUUAAUAGAA